AUGCUGUGCCAUCUCUGCGACUGCCUCAGUAUAACGCGCUUGAAUCGCGGAGGCUACCACCACGUGCCUAAUGCUUCAGCUCUCGACGACUCGGCCGCCAAGGGCUGCGAGUUUUGCUCGCUGACACGGGCCGUGCUGAGUAGAAGCCCUCCAGAGCCCUUGGGAUCGGCUCGAAACACUGCCGUCGCACUCUCACUGGCAAGAGUUGGCCGUCGCGAGGGCCUGUGGCUUCACUGGGGCGGUGAUGUGAACGACGGCAUCAAAGCGGUGCUGCGUACCGAUCAUGAUGGCGUACUGGAGGACCGACAUGGUCGAAUGCACCUUUUCGUCGCCCCGGAUUCUCGGCUUGCGGGCACAAUAGCAGGACGGGAAGUCCAUGCUCGUGCGGAUUCCGAUGCCGUGUUUGGCCAGAUAGCUUCAUGGACGAAGGACUGUAUAUACAACCACCCAAAUCUUGCCGAGGACGCCAGGCUUUGUCAGGACAUCUCUCAAAGUUAUGAGGAAAUCAGGGGGCAGAAAGAAACACAGCAGCAGUUGUUCCAGCUCAGGGAUGCAGAUGCACACACGGUCCAUGACCUUCCUCUACUGCCCACUCGAGUCAUCGAUGUAGGGCCCUCGGAUGGAUCGAGGAUCCCUUUUCUUCUGGAGACGGAAAGAGAGCUUCGCGGAUUCUACGUCACCUUGAGCCACUGCUGGGGUGCCUCAAGACCCCUCGUCACAGACGUCGAAACUUUGGCGGCCAGAAAAGCGCAGAUCUCCGAGUCCGAGCUGCCGGAAACCUUUAGAAAUGCCGUGCUCAUCACGCGCAAGCUGGGAGUACGAUACCUAUGGAUCGAAUCUCUCUGCAUCUUGCAGGGCACGGAUGCCCGAGCCCAAGCUGACUGGCGGCGCGAAGCAGCUCUGAUGGAUCAAUACUACAAGAAGUCGCUGUUAACAAUCAGUGCCGCCGGCGCCGCGGGCAGCGAGCAGGGCUGCUUUCUUCCACGCGAGACGAGAGCCGGACGCGUCAGGCUCAACUUGAAGCAGAGUUUUGCCCUAAUGACAAAAGCCCCCAGAAAGUGCCUAAGACGUCAUGGAUGGCCCAUUACCGGGUGGCAGCGACGUGAAAAUGCGCUGUCGCCUCGGGUGCUCAUUUACGGCCAAGAUAUGGUCGCAUGGCGAUGCAACACGAGACACUGCACUGAGCGAGGAGACGACAUCCACCACGACACGUCGAGCCAUUAUGUCAUGGCGCCCCGGCUCCCUCACCACUUGCGACAUGCGCCGGGAUACAGCAGCGAGGACCUUCGUUGGCGAAUGGCUCUGCGAUGGGUCACGAUGGAGGCGUCGACGUGGUGGGCGAAGAUGGUGCAGAACUACUCCCGGAGGAACUUGACGUACGAGGCCGACAAGCUCCCUGCCAUUUCGGGCUGCGCGAGGGCCAUUCAGGCCCUGAACAAGGACGACUACUACUCGGGGCUGUGGAAGCGAACUCUGACAAACGAUGUCCUGUGGCAAUCCGUGGCGUCCAGGACAGCAACCAGGCCGGCGACAUACCGUGCUCCGUCUUGGAGCUGGGCGUCGAUCGAGAGGGAGGUCAAGUGCUGCAUCACGGCGAAAUACGACGAUAUGAAGGAGAAGCUUAUCGAGCUUGUUUCAAUGCAGGCAGAAUACGUCGGCCCAGACGUGUUUGGGCAGGUCAGGACCAUGUCCCUCCUUGUCAAUGGAAGCCCUGCACGACCUCUGGCGCAGAUCCGACGCGGCCUCCGCAUUCCCAACUUUGGCGCGAUAGGCGCAACAGAUGUCUACUCGUCGCAGGAUCUGGUGGGGGGACAUAUGGGCAAUGCUGGCCCUCAGUAUACUGAGACGACACUCAAAAUCAAUAACAAUGGCCUCAUGAAUGGCCAAAUACUGGAACAUGAUGGGCUGGAUGCCGCGGGGUCUUCCAGUUUCGAUGUCGAAAGCGAUAGGGACAUGGCGGCGAAAGCGGUGGCAGCGCUGCCGCACAAUCAUAGCACCCGCACUCCGCUCCACCUUGAUGCGCAUCGGCCUGGCGAGGAGCGCAUCGUGACAUUUCCGACCCUCGUCUUUACUCUUCGCCGUCGCAGCAGUCGCGACACCAUGGCCUCUGAGAAACAAGCCGACGAGCAAACGCCCUCUCCAGACUCUCCGCGACCCCGAACCUCAUCCGACCCCCGCGCCGCAUACAAUGCCGGCGUCGACACGCAGAACCUGUCUCCCCGACGCGCCGAAGCUCGCCAGCGAUCCGCUCGCUCCGACACGGAAAUCUACCGCGAUUCCUUGCCACCCGUGCUCGUCCGCCGCCGCAGCUCGCGCGCCAACACGUUCAAAACCGUCGAUGAUUGCGAUGACUUUGACACGUACGGCGCACUGCCGGGCUGGCAGCCUGGUUCCGAGCCGGGCUACGAUCCUGAACUGCCUGAUGGCGGCCACGCGUCCAUGACCGCGCUGAGUGCCGAGUGUGACAUUACCGUUGUGGACUUCGCCCUGGAGCGCAUGGUCCAGCAGCAUUUCAACAACGAGUCCUUCAUCGCCUUCUUGGAGAAGCCAAAGGAGACCUGGGCCAAGUGCCGCUGGAUCAAUGUCAAUGGCUUGAGCUGGGACGUGAUCCAGGCCGUGGGCACCAACAAGGGGCUGCACAAGCUCGCGCUGGAGGAUGUAAUGAACCUGCGGAACAGGACAAAAGCCGACUGGUACCCCAGCCAUGCCUUCAUCGUCAUGACGCUCCAGAAACUGGUCCACCUUGUUGGCGACGACGACAGCUCAUCCACCUCGAGCAGCAGCACGCCGUCCCAAACCACCGUCAAGCGGUGGCUAAGCAGCCUCGGCCACCGGGCGGCGAGGCAGGCGGAAAGGGACCCCGAGCACCACAUCCGCGACGCCCAGGGCGGACCGGUCCUGGCCGACGGCUCAACACUGCGGGAAACGUCCAUGAUACGCUCGCUCCAGCGGUACCACGCGUCGGGAAACGAAGCCCGCACCGAAUACAUGGAGCAGAACUCGUCCCUGGCGGCCUACAGCAUGGCCGUCUCGGCCGAGCAGGUCUCCAUCUUCCUCACCAACGACAACACGGUGAUAUCCUUCUUCGAGGUGUCGGCCGACGACGUGCAGCGGCCCAUCGUCACCCGCCUCUCCACGCCGGGCACCAGCCUCCGCGAGUCGUGCGACGCCUCGCUCCUCGUCCAGGCCAUCGUCGACGCCAUCAUCGACCUCGCCUUCCCCCUGACCGCCGUCUACACCGACCUCCUGGGCGACCUGGAGCUGGACGUGCUCACGUCGCCGAGCAUCAAGCAGUGCCGCCGCCUGUACAUUUGCAUCAGCGAGAUCAACAAGAUGCUGCGCUUCCUCAACCCCAUCGAGAACCUCGUCAACGUCCUCCGCGACCACCGCACCCACUUGACCCAGGAGCAGGCCAGCCGGGAGCUGGAAAACCCCGCCAGCGGCGUCAUCGUCACCCCCAUGACGCACACGUACCUGGGCGACGCGCUGGACCACUGCAUCCUCAUCACAGAAGCCAUGGGCCAGCUGAAGCAGAGCUCCGAGAACCUGAUUAAUCUCAUCUUCAAUACCAUCUCUGCGAACCAGAGCGCGUCCAUGCAGCAGCUGACCAUGGUGACAAUCAUUUUCCUGCCCUUGACGUUUAUCACGGGCUUCUUUGGGCAGAAUUUCGAGGGGUUCCCGGAGAUCCACAACGGGAUAUGGUACUUUUGGGCGUGUGCCGUGCCGACGGCGUGUGCAACCAUUAUCAUUCUCAUGCGGGACAUGAUAUACGCCUGGUUUGUGAGGCUGGUGCAGCGCAAGCAGAUUGUCUCCCUUCGCAAGAGGAAGAGGAGGCCGCGGAGGGCCUGA